AUGGACAAGCAGAAGAGCCUCUCGCUAUUAAGGACGAAUCUACGACCAAAGACUCCACGUAACAAUCCACGCUCUAGACCUCCAUUCAAGUCAGUUCGCAAUGCCCACAACCCAGCGGACGACCCGUCAUUCGUGUCGGUCGUCGACAAUCCAGCCCAGAUAGUAUCUACAAAGAAGAAGCACACUAUCCUGGGGGUUCUGACCCUGUCACUUAUCCCUUUCACUGCGUUUUGUCUUGGAACAUGGCAGGUGCAGCGGCUCGACUGGAAGACCAAACUGAUCGCAAAGUUCGAAGACCGACUCGUUCGGCCACCUCUCCCAUUGCCCCCUCGGAUAGACCCAUCUGUCAUUAGCGACUUCGACUACAGGCGAGUUUAUGCGACUGGUAAAUUUAGACACGACAGGGAAAUGCUGAUAGGUCCACGAAUGCAUGACGGCGUGGAUGGAUUCUUGGUUAUUACGCCUCUGGAGAGGUCGGAAGGCGAAAGCACAAUACUUGUCAACCGAGGUUGGGUAAGCCGGGAGAAGCGAUUUCAACAGGAUAGACAGGAGGGAGCAUUGCCCAAAGGCGAAGUCACUGUAGCAGGAUUACUCAGGGAGCCAUGGAAGAAGAAUUUCUUUACCCCGGUCAACAAGCCGGAGGAUGGAAAAUUCUACUUUCCAGAUGUGGAGCAGAUGGCCCAACUCGCGGACGCCGAGCCUGUAUGGAUUGAGGAAACGAUGGCUCCUGACCUUCUGAGAUCCUAUGACCGAGAAGCCAAGGGAAUUCCGAUUGGCAGAGCUGCAGAAGUGAAUCUGCGGAACAAUCAUACGCAGUAUAUUUUUACAUGGUCAGUAAACCUCCCACAUGCUCGGUAUUCCGAUUCCGAAUGUCUACCAGACCUCAUUAAUCAUAUCUCAUUAGGUAUUCCCUUUCUGCAGCAACAGCUCUUAUGA